AAAUUAAGAAAAUCGUCUCAAUAUUAUUCAUUUGUUAGCAGUAUUUUGGAGGCUUUAACCUACCUAAUGAGAUGAAGUGCAGUUUCAAAUCUCGUUCGUAAAUAAUUCCGCGUUUAUUACUCAGUUAAAUUUAAAUUUAGUAACAAUGAUGAAAUGACAUAAUUUCCAAGAAAGAUUAUGAUUGAAACUUUCGAAUUACUACUUAUUUAUACAAAUUACAUUACAAAAUACUUAUUUAUACAUAUUAUUAAUAUAACCUCCUAACUUCAAAUUAAGGGUGAAUAAAAUCAAGGUUGUGUACGAUUUUUAAGAUUUGUGCGGCUUACCUCAGAAUUCUUCAUAGUUGUCUGUCACACGUACGUUAUCUAGCCCGCUCUAACAAGUUCUCCGUGUUAGGGAAAUAAAUUUUUUUUUUUCCACUCGCGAUAAAAAUCUCGACUAUUGUUUCAAUAUCUUCUUUCUCAAAGUAGUUUGUAUUGAUAAAUGUGUAAUUGAUAGAGGAAGGUGUAUUUAUUUUUUAAUGCAAACAUGACUAUGUUUUACAUCGGUCACGCAGACUUAUUUGGAAACGAUGGUUUUUGGGAUCUUUCGGAUGACGAUGACCCUGAUCACCAAAUUUUGGAAACUGUCAAGAAUGACAGAGUAAUAGUUACCCAACCAGAUGAAGACAGGCGACGUCGCACAAUCAUUGUUGAACGAAGAAAUGGAUCAUUUGGCUUCACUUUACAAACAUAUGGGAUUCAUCAUAAAAGAGAUGGUGAGAUAGAAUUAAUAACCUACGUAGAUUAUGUGGAAUAUGAUGGUCCUGCUUUUCGUGCUGGGAUGAGACCAGGUGAUGUAAUAUUAUCCAUCAAUGGUCAAGAUAUGGAAAAAGUGGACCAUAAAACCUUAGUGCAGUACAUACAGAGCUGUGAAAAAACUAUGCGAAUGGUGGUUUUAUUUGAAAAUUGUGUUCACAAAGUUGAGCUUCAUAUGAAAUAUUUACGAUUGAAGAGAGUUCUUCAAGAAAAAAAGUAUGAACUCGAGCAACUCUGUGAAAAAGAAAGACAAUUAAUACAGAAUUGGAAAGAUCGAGGUUUAAGAGUGCCACCUAGCCCCUGUUUAGUCUCAAGAUUUCAAAGUGCUUUACAACCUAGUACACAUGGUCUUCAUAGUCGUGUUAGUGCUGCUGCUGCAAGUAUGGGUGCUGGAACAAGUAAAGCUGAUGAUACUGUGAGUUGCUUUGGAUUUUCCUCUAGUUGCAUUUCUGGAAGGGGAGGUUACAAAAGUCAUGCAGGUACUGCACAUGCUUCUCCAGUUAUUAUCCCCAAGCAGUUUGCAACAUUACCUAAAGCUGCUGGUGCCAUGAGACGACCGUGGCCUACUGUUUCUGGAGGUGCAGGAUCUCUUACUCCUAAAGGUUCUUGGGAUGGCUUGGAAUCACAAUCCAGUACAGGUUUAUCAGAAAGCACUGACUUUUCAGAAUCAUCAAGCCAAGAUUCUAGAGCUCAUUCACCAGCACUGUCCAGAAGAUCAGGUCACAAAUCAGAAAGUGACUUACCUGAUAUUGCUCAGGAUGAGGAAGAGGAAGAAGCAGAUCGAGAUGAAGUUACUAGAUUGUAGUCAUUUAAUUUUAGGGACAGCCUUGUAUUAAAGAUCUCAGUAGUAUUUUUGCAUUUUUUGUUAUGAGUUAAAUACAAAGUUUUA